CACGUAAUGGAACGUACAGAUUCUUUGAGGUUUUUCAGAAUUUGGAAAUCAUAGUAUUAUCUAGUCGUAAAAGCCAUUUACAUAAUUAAUUCAGGGCGUGAAAGGUAUAGAUAUCUUAUUUUUCAUGUUAUAGGCAUAUUAAUUGGUGUAACUAACUUUCAACUAUCAAUUUCGCACUAUGCAUCAAUUAUUUCGCUCUAUUAUAUCUGUUAUAACCAACUUUCACAAAGCUUUUGUUGCAAGUCAGUGGUAUUGAUGUCCUUUCAAUUACUCAGUUGUAUUAAAAUUGGAUAAUUGAAGUAUUGGUUGCUGAUUAAGUCUGACAAUCAUUCUGCUACAAACGGCGUCCACAAAUAACUCAAUUCAUAGUGUGGUCUGUAAAUUUUGUGAAGGGUACUAUGACUUCGGUAGUGAGCAACCAGUGUGCUCAUCUUGCCAUGCUUUCAUUUAUGAGUUUAGUUUACCACAAAUGACUGAAAAUCGUUUAUUUGAAGAAAAAGAAGCAUCCAAUGACAGUGGAAAUGAAGAACCAGAUAAAGGAUCAGAUUUAUUUGCAGCUGCUUGGAAUUCUCCCACUUCAGAAGUCACUUCACAAGAACAUGUGCUUGUCAAAUCUCGGCCGUCUUGUGCUCGAAUUUUUCCAGCUACAUGUCCCCUACAACAAUCUCAUGUUACUACAUCCUAUGCAAAUUACCCUGUAAUUGAUUACCUAUCACCUGUUUCCAAUAGGAAGAUCAAAUCUUGUAGUUCAUGUAUGUCUCCGAGCCUUGAGGAUCUUCCAACUGAAAUUUUACUGCGUGUUUUUCUCAUGGUAGAUGACAUAUGUUUGUGGUCUCUACGUCAAGCGUCACCCAGAUGUCGUGCGGUAAUCGAUAGUGAGAUAUCAGAACAACAAUGGGAGUCCUAUGUAUCAUUUCGAUGGCCACUCUUUAAUCCUAAUUGCCGAGUUGAAAGUUGGAGGCUUCUUUACCUCAAUAUGAUGGAGAGUGUUACUUGUAGAUUUUGUUUAGAACGUUUACGCUUACCAGUUGUAUUCCCAAUCGAAGCUCCAAAAGUUCGAUAUAAACGAAUUAAACAUGAAUUUGAAAACCUAUGUGCUGAUCCACCUUACGGCAUAAAAAUUAUUACUUUAGAUACGGCAACAUAUUCUCACUUUCUGGCUGGAAUCGAAGGUCCACCGCAGUCCCCAUAUCAAGGUGGAUUUUUCCACGUUCUUAUUCUCGUUCCUGAUAGUUAUCCUUUUCGACCACCUGUAAUACGUUUUCUUACACGUAUAUUGCAUCCGAACAUCAGCUUUCAUGGUGAUGUCGGAUUAGAUUCAAUCAGGCAUAACUGGUGUUUAGCAUUGAGUUUAGAGAAGCUUUUAAUUAGUAUUUUAGCCCUUUUAACUGAUCCACAUACACGUGUUUGUAUGGAACCAGUAAUUGGUGCUUUGUAUGAUUGGGAUAAGUAUCAGUUCGAAGAAUUAGCGAAAUUAUGGACGUGGAAAUUCGCUUGUCACGAUUAUUUAUCGGCUGAUUUUGUGUCCGCUAUGGUUCUCCCUGAUUAUAUUGAACAAACUCAUCAACGUCUUAACUGUAAACAAAUAAGAUAACUGAAGAAGAUUCAUCACGCCUCAAUACGGAUAUAAACGUGGUGUUAUUUCAAAUCAAUAAAGCAUUCAUUUUGUAAUUCUACCAAUACUUUAUGCUCAUUAUGGUUAUCAGUUUUGUUUGCUAUGCAUGCUUAUGUUGUCGUCUUUACAUGGAUGUAAAUAGUGGC